AUGAUGGAAAUUGAUCAAAUCAGUACAAAUGGGCCAGCCGCCACUGAAGAACCUAUUUCUGGUAUUAUUUACCCACCUCAAAAUGUUCGAACAAUGAUUGACAAAGCAGCAACACACCUUGCAACCAAACCACCCGAACUUGCAAAGCAUAUUCUUGAAAAUGACAAAGAAGGAAAGUUUAGCUUUCUAAAAGAAGGAGAUCCUUAUCAUGCAUACUAUCUUUUCAAGUUUAAUGAAGCAAAAGAAGGAAGAGCUCAACCAGCCGAGGUAAUUCCUAGUCCAACAACACAAGUAGUUAUGGAUACGCCAGUUGAUCUUGCUCCAAAGAAGCCUGAAGAUUUCUUAUUCUCUGCCACCAUGCCAGCCAUGUCGGCACAAGAUCUUGACAUUAUUAAAUUGACUGCUCAAUUUGCUGCUCGAAACGGUCUUAACUUUAUUUCACAAUUGAUGAAGCGAGAAUCAAGAAACUACCAAUUCGACUUUUUACAUUCGACACACAGCUUAUUCCCUUACUUUACUCAGCUUAUCGAACAGUACACCAAAGUAUUGAAACCAACUAGCGAUGCACUAGGCCGUUUACGAUCUAAUCAAGCUGAUAAAUAUCAUGUUUUAGAUAGAGUUAAAGAACGUGUAGAAUAUGUUGCUUGGCAAGAAGCAGAAAAGAAAAAGAAGAGCGAUGAAGAUGAAAGAGAACGAAUUGCUUAUGCAAGCAUCGAUUGGAAUGACUUUGUUGUUGUCGAAACUGUCGAAUUUACGGAUGCAGAUGAGCAAGCCGAUCUUCCACCCCCUAUGAGCCUUGCUGAAUUAGAAAGCAUGUCAUUAGCUCAAAAGCGUAUGGCUGCCAUGCCUGAGCUACCAAAGGAAGAAGAAACGAAGGCAGAUAUGGAGAUAGAUGAUGUGGAUAUGGAAGCAUCAGACGAAGAACCUACUGAGGAAGAGCAGCCACCAGCCCCUGCCUCCAGAAUCGUGCCCAAGGUACCAGAGGUCAAUGGUCCUAUCAAAAUUCGUACAGAUUAUAAGCCUAAAUUGGCAGGUGCAGCCGGCAAUAAAGUUUCAGUGCCCAUGCAAACAUGUCCUCGUUGUGGCGAAGAAAUUCCUGUGACAGAAAUGGACGAACAUAUGCGUAUUGAAUUGCUUGAUCCCAAGUGGAAAGAACAAAAAUCUGCUUAUGAAGCCAAGUUGAAAGACAGUAACUUGCUGCAACAUGGCGCAGAUGUGGCUAAGAACUUGAAGAACUUUUCUGGAUUACGUCCUGAUAUCUUUGACGCAGACGAAGCAGAAACACUUCGCAAAUUCAAGCAGAAGGAAGAGGAAGCCAAGAGGAAAGAUAAGAUCAUUUGGGAUGGUCAUACAGCUACUAUGACCUUGACUAAUCAAAGAGCACAGAAAUCUAGUCUUGAGGAACAAAUUGCUAAUAUGCAUAAACGACUUGAUGGCUCACAGGAAACUUCCAUUGGACCUCAAAUUCCUAACCAACAGGCAGAUUAUUCAUCUACUUAUUCUGUAUCUUCUGCACCUGUACCAGGAUAUUACCCCAAUCAGACAUUUGUAAAUCAAGUGCCUGGCAUGUACAAUCCAACAAUGCCCGGUAUGCCUAUGCCCGGCAUGGUUCCUCCCCCUCCUCCUCCAGUUGUCCCACCGAUGACACCUGCUAUACGUAAAGCAGAGGAUUCUGGACCAGGAGCAGAAAAGAAAGCACGCACAGAUGGCGAGGCUGAUUGGGCAAUGCUCGAUCCAAAUGCUAUCACACUGACAGUGCAUACGCCAUCGUUGCCAGAUAAACCAGAAUGGAACCUUACGGGUGCAUCUAUCACAGUGAGUGGUUUAUUACCAAAUACACUCGUAUCCACUCUCAAAGAUCGUAUUGCCUCUCAAUUGGGAAUGCCAGCUGGUAAACAAAAGCUGUCAACUGUGGGAGCGGGUACGGUAUUGAAUAACAGCAAGACAUUGGCCUUUUACGGUAUCAUGAAUGGCGCAGCAUUGGUACUUGAAGUGCGAAAACGAUAA